AUGACCACAGUUGAAGAUAUAAAAGGAUUUUUAGUGACUCCUAUCACUUUACAACCAUCAAAACAUUAUAAAGAAGAAGAAAUUAAACAUUAUAUAUAUAUAAAAAAACAUCAAUCACAAAAUAACAAAGAAUUAUCUGAAAGAUCAUUAUUCUUAAUCAAUCCACCAAUAAAUUCAAAUUUAUUUAAUGUUAGAAAUUUCUUUAAAACCAUAUCAAAAGAAAGUUUAAUUGAGAAUUUUUUAAUUAAUAAUGAAAAUUUAGAUUAUGAAAUAAAUUUAACAAAAUUAACAACAGAUCUUUAUGAUCAAGAUGAGAACCAAGACCAGGAGGAUAUAAAACUACCGAAUGGAACUGGUCUCGUGGUGUUUGUUGAUAAAUCAGCUGCAAACCUAGCUUUUACCAAAUUGAAAAAAUAUGUUAAAAAUUUAACAAAAAAUGAAAGAUCAUUAUAUCAAUGGAAUUUUAAUGAAUUAGAACCUGCUUCAAUAAGGUUUAUAAAUUCUUAUAAAAAGGAUAUGUUAUCAAUCCCAGAAACUUCGAAAGCAGUUUCUCUCGCCUUGGAAGAAUUUGAAAAACGUGAAGCAGCAUCAUUAGAACAAUUACAAGACCUAAAAGAAACAGUAGAUGAAGAUGGUUUUACAUUAGUUGUUGGUAAGAAUCGUAAAACCAAGAAAGGGAUCUUGGAAAAUAUUGAUAAUGUUAAUAAAUUUACUCAAGAAUCUGAUGAUAAAAAGAAGGAAAGAAAAGAAAAACAAGAUUUUUAUAGAUUUCAAAUUAGAGAUCGUAAAAAAAUGGAGAUGAAUGAAUUGUUGAAGAAGUUUAGGGAGGAUACUGAACGUAUUAAAGAAUUGAAACAUAAGAAAAGAUUUAGACCUUAUUAA